AAAGUCCCUGGGGCAGAGCAUGCCAGGAGGCAGGGAUUCACAGGCCAGGGCACAGGGAGAGCCGCCUGGCAGGUAAUUCCAGGGCAUUCUGCCAAAAGUUUGGGCACAACCUGGCCAGAAGCCCUGACAUCAAAAAAGCAGCCUGGAAAGUGAGGUCUUACCAAGCCCAUUAGCAACCUGUGAGUUUCUUCAUCCUGGAUCUCUCCCAGGGCUUGCAGGACACAACUAACCCAAUUUUCCUAGGGGAUUCCCACCUCCCUCCUCUUCAGAUUCACCUUCACUCUUCCAGCAAGUGAAGAGGUACAGAGGGGGGACCCAGAUCUUCUGAAACACCCCACAGUUACGACAUUCUUUCUCAUCUUACAGUGACUCCGCCCAGCCAGGUGAAGAGCAGGAAGGAAGAGCAAACAAACAAGAACAAGGACCUUCUGGUGAAGGUUAACACAAAAGCUGGGCCAGACUGGUGAGCCCCAACCAGCACAGCCUGCCUCCUGGGCACAACCCCAGAGGGAAAACCCCACAAACCACCACGUUCCAUUUGAAUGGUCCCAACCCACUGCUAAGACUGCAGUGGCACCUUGCACAGCCAAGGUCUGAAAACCAGUUUUAACAUCUCCAACAGUCUCUCACUUCUUACUCUUGCCCAGUUUUUGGAGCUGAUUUUUAUCUAUUUGGUAUUUGUUGCUUGCUGUUCUGAGAAGCAGUGGCAGUUUUUCAACAACUUCCAGGGUUCCAUUUGAGAAGCGUGGCUUUCGGGACAGCUCUCUCCUGUUGUUUCAGUGGGAAGCCCAACGCACACAGCAUUUAAUGGAGCUGUGCUCCAAGUGCCAACAGCAACUAAUUAAUUACUCCUUGCAACAUUGCUGGUCCACAUUUGACUGAUGGGAAGCUACUUGCAAAGUCUAAACAACUUGCCCAAAGCUUACCUGAGCCAUUCUUCUAAGACAUCCCUCUUUUUAAUAGUUAUCUCUACAUUAUUUACGGUUGAGACAAAUUUGACAUCUGAAUGUGAAGAUCACGAUGUUAAAGCAAGGCGAUGCUGUGUGUCCACGCCGGCAGGAAGUGGUCUCUGCAUUAACUCCUGCUGGCAUGGGGGAAGAUGGGACUAAUUUGCACACAGAAGAGGGAAUAAAGAUCUUCUGAAAUUAUGAUUACGGAGAGUUUACCUGAGAGGGAUAAACCCCGGAGUUGUUCGAGCUCGCUAAACAUGUUGCCAGUGGCGUAUUUCGGGCCCCACACGACAGGGUAGGGUGUGCAAGAAGAGAGGCAACCUCUGGGAGUCCAGGAGUCUCUGCUCAGGGGAUGAGGGGUGGAAAUUUCGCUGUUCCCUGCCUACCCAGGAGCGUCCCCAAGACACAACCGCAAUACGCCGGGCACCCCAAGGCCUUUGGCUACGGAACGGCAGGGGCAGAGGCUGCCCAAGGCGCCGGCCAGUGCCGCGCCGCACUGCCAGUGCAGGGCAGCGCAGUCCCGCCGCCGCCGCUCCGCACCCCGGGGACCCGGGGGGCUGCGCUCCCUCCCCGCGGCGGAGCGCCGGCGGGCGCUGGAGCAGCCGCUCCGACCCGGCCCCGGCUCCCGGCGCGUCCCCAGCCCGGGGCUCCCCGGGAGUGCUCGGUCCCGCGGGUGGCCCCGCUCCGCCGUGCCGGCUCUGCCUGGCUGCCGGGCAAAACAAAGCGGAGAGAGGGAAAGGAAAGGAAAAGGGAGAGAAAGUGCGGCUCCUGCCUCCUCCCGGCCCUCCGCCUGGAUCUCACUGCAUGAGACAGCGCUGCAAGCGGAUCCUGACCGGGGGCAGGGGGUGGAGAGAGGAGGAGGAGGACGGAGGGAGGGAGGGAAGGAAGGAAGGAAGGAAGGAGGGACGAACGGGAGCCUCUAUCCUUCCCUGGGCUGUUUUUUCAGUUUCCUGUCUCGCAUUGUGCUCACAGCGGAUAUGUGCUGCGCCUACAGGUGUGUCCCCUCCUCGCAGCUUUUCCCCGGCUCCCCGGCGUAGGCUCCGGCUGUCGGGGUCGGCGGCGGAUCGCGACCGUCAUGUGAUGAUUAAUUUCUCUCGGGGCGGUUUCUCUCCUCUCCUCUCUCUGUGUGUGCUUUCCCCUCCCUCACUCCCCGCCGCUCUCCUCCUUCCUCUCGGAGGUGGCCGCAGCCGCUGCCACCUUCGCGCUGACUCCGGCUGCUGUGGCGGCGGCGGGGCCCGCCGCGAGCAUGGGUGGCAGCCGGGGGCUGCCGUAGCGCCUCUGCCCAGCCCCACGCCGCCCGCCCCGGGCUCCGGGCCGCCGCCGCUCCCGCUCCGCCAACUCGGACGGUCCGUGCCCGCGGGGCUGCCUUCCGCCGGAGCCUGCACCUGUUGAAGCAGGAGCAAGUACACAUCAAAAGGCACUGCAUCCUGGAAGCUAUUUGCACAGACGCCCGAGUCCCAAGAAGCCACUUUCACUAGUGGCAGUUGUGCUGCUCAGGUGAGAAGAGCGAGUGGGGCAGCCCAGGGCUCAGUUCUGGGGCUCGCCUGGUACCCGCUGGAGCACAGCUGAACAAGACUAAACACCAACACCGCAUCAUCUCCUCCUGAAGAUUUUUUUCAGUAAGAAGAUUAAACACUGUCCUGGAAAAUAACUUGACUGUAGUGAAGAAGACUUAGUGGAAAAGUGAAUGUGUUAUAUAGAAAUGGCUUUAUGGAUCUGGACACUGAGCUUUUGGAGCUGUUUUUGCAUCACCUUGUCCAGAAAUGAGGAACUUAAAUUUUUUCAGAGUGCUACAGAGCUAAAUCAUCUAACAGUGGACAAUGACACUGGGAUAAUCUAUUUGGGAGUGGUAAAUGCUCUGUAUCAGCUUACAGAAAACCUGGAAGUAAUAAGGUUUGUAGGAACAGGUCCAAGAAAGGACAACAAAAAGUGCACACCUCCCAUUGAUGAAAAUCAAUGUAAAGAGGCAGUACUGACUGACAAUUAUAACAAAUUACUGUUGCUGAACAAGGCGGAUAAAACGAUUGUGGUGUGUGGAAGCCUUUUCAAGGGAAUCUGUGCCAUCAGAGGUCUAGAAGACAUUAGCAACGAGAAGUAUUAUGUAGACAGUAGCGGAGAAAAGUCCUUUGUAGCAAGCAACGAUGAGAAUGUAUCAACUGUGGGAUUGAUCACUUCCUUGAAUAAUGACCGAGUGAUGUUUGUUGGGAAAGGGAAUGGACCAAAUGAUAAUGGGAUAAUAAUCAGCACUCGGCAGCUCUACGAAAGGGAUGGGAAAGACAUUUUUGAAAUGUAUACAGACUCAGCAGCUGUUAAGUCAGCAUAUCACUCAUCAAGCACACAACAAUUUGUGACAGUCUUUGAGGAUAAAAAUUAUGUCUAUUUUAUUUUUAACCAGCAAGAGAAACAGCCCGUCAACAACCGCACACUGAUUGCACGCCUGUGCAAAGAUGAUGCCCAUUAUUAUUCCUACUUUGAAAUGGACUUGGGUUGCAAAGAUGAUGAAGGUGCCUAUGACCACUGUCAUUCUGCUUACGUCACUACUCCAGGAGAAGAGCUGGCUGAGAGCAUAGCUCAGCAGAGACAAACUACGGAUGCUUUCUCAGAUGACAAAGUUCUUCUUGCACUCUUCAGCAAAGUAAACAAAGACAGCGGAUCUCUAAAAUCUGCCAUGUGUGUGUUUUCCUUGCGGCACAUCAAUGAAAAGAUGGAAAAAAACCGGAAUGACUGCUAUACUAAAAAGAACACCAGCUCUUUUUACAAACUUUUUUCAGCAGAAAACCCGUGUGCAUCACAUGGACUGAAUGCAAGCAAAAAUUUCCCCUGUGGCUCCGAACACUUGCCAUACCUUUUGGGAAGUAAGAAUGGUGUUGUAGAGAAGCCGGUACUGCAAAAAGAAGGGAUGAAUCUCACAGCUGUCACUGUGGCUGUGGAGAAUGGGCAUACUGUGGCAUUCCUGGGAACAUCGGAUGGUAAAAUUCUUAAGGUGUUCCUGUCAUCCACUGCUACUGAGUACAGCUCUCUUACUAUUGAACUGAACAAACCCAUAAAGAAUGACCUGGUCCUUGACCGAACCCAAGAAAAUCUGUACGUGAUGACCACAGACAAGGUGCAUCGGCUACCUGUGCAGGACUGCCACAAAUAUUCAGACUGUGAGAAGUGCAUUCAAGCAAGGGACCCGUACUGCGGCUGGUGCGUCAGAGAGGGCAGGUGCACAAAGAAGGCAGACUGUGAAACAGCCGACAAGGAGAACCACUGGCUGUGGAGCCCGAGUGGCACAUGCAUGACUAUCAUUAGUGCAGACCCUCUAAACAUGAGUCGCAGAGCCCCUACUAAGGUGGAACUGACUGUAAGUCCAUUGCCAACUUUGACUGAGAGUGACCAGGUCUUGUGUACGUUUGGUGAAACAACGCAUUAUGCUCAAUUAAAAGAAGGGAUUAUUAUCUGUGAUCCACCUGAUAUAAUUCCUCCAACACCAAAACACCAAGAUCAUGUUUCAGUUCCACUUCAGUUAACCUUUGGAAAGAACAAGAUAUUUUUUGCAUCACAUACUUACCCUUUUUAUGACUGUGAAGAAGCAAUGAAUCUUUUUGAAAAUCAGCCAUGCUAUUCCUGUGCAAGCAAUAGAUGGAAUUGCCAGUGGGACUGGAAGAGACAUAUCUGUGAAGAGUCCUCUUCAGUACAGGAUGUGAUUAAACAAAAUAUGGAAGAAGAAUGCCCUCAGUUUCUAAAUCCUAACCCUCCAUUAAUACCAAUGGAGUACCGAACAACGGUGUAUUUUGAGGGAAGGCAUCUAGCUUAUUAUCAGGAUAAAAAAUUUGUGGUAGGAAACAGCCAGUUUGAAUUUGAAGCUCCUGUUGAUGAAUCAGAUGAAGGAACAUUUUCAUUCAUGAGUAAAGAGUUCUCCUACAGUGCAAAUGAGACUCUGCAACUUAACUUAUCCAUAAGAACAGAUAAGGUCAAGAUUGACAGCAAACUGAUGGUGACUCUGUACAACUGCUCUUACGGACGAAGCGACUGCAGCUUAUGCCUCGCGGCCCAUCGCGACUAUAAGUGUGUCUGGUGUGAAGAAGAUGGCAAGCCCGGCAAGUGCGUGUAUGAAAAACUCUGUCACGCUCCUCCCACCGACACGUGUCCUCAUCCAGAAAUCACUCGCAUUGAACCAAAAACCGGACCGCUAAGUGGUGGAAUUCUUUUGACCAUAAUGGGAUCUAAUUUGGGAAUAACAGCAGAAGAUGUAAAAAAUAUAAUGGUGGCAGACAAGGAAUGUCUUUUCAAAGAGGAGUUCUACUCUGUCUCCACAAGGAUUGUAUGUCAAGUUGGACCAAUGAAUGAACCAAAGCACGGCCAAAUUGAAGUUAACAUCAACGGAAAACUGGGUAAAUCACCAAGUGAAGUGCUGUUUACAUACCAGGACCCUCAUCCUUCUCAAAUAAGACCUCAAAGUGGUCCACAAGCAGGUGGAACAACACUUACCAUCACUGGUACAAACCUGGCCACUGGUUCCAAGAAGGAUGUGCAAGUUUCAGUCGGUAGCCAGCCUUGCAAUGUCACUGAAUUUGGAGAUGAGAUCGUUUGCAUUACAGGACCUAAUAGCAAGGUUGAAACUGUUCCAGUCACAAUGAACUAUGGGGGCACAAUAGUUAGUGUACCACAGAUGUUUUCGUACAGUGAGAAUCCUACUGUCACCAAGUUCCUGCCAGUAAAUAGCUUCAGCAGUGGAGGGAGAAAUAUUACUGUAACUGGAACCGGUUUUGAGCUCAUCCAGAGUUUCUCAUUGGUGGUAUAUGCAGAGCGUCCAGAAGCAGGAAAAAUGAAUCUCAAAAGGUUUGAAGGAAAGCUUGUUAAAAGGCUCAAUGAAACCACGGUGGUUUUUUCUUCCCCACCAAUACUGGAAGACCCAGAAAACUAUAACAUUACCACUAUUAUUCUAAUGGAUCAUUAUCAUUUGGUUGUAAAAAAUGAGAGCCACUCCUUUGCCUAUGUUGCAGACCCAACCUUUGAAAACUUCACAGAUGGCAUCAAAAAACAAGUCAACAAACUUAUUAAUGCAAAGGGCAGUAACCUGAACAAAGCCAUGACGAUAGACGAGGCCCAGGCUUUUGUGGGAGAUGAGCCUUGCAACAUAAAAACACUAACUGAAACGGACUUAUAUUGUGAGCCACCAGAAGUACAGCCUCAACCAAAGAAACGACAGAAGAGAGAUACAAUCAAUAACCUUCCUGAAUUCAUUGUGAAAUUUGGACUCCGGGAAUGGAUCCUCGGAAGGGUGGAAUAUGAUACACGUGUGAGUGACAUCCCACUGAAUCUUAUUUUGCCACUGGUACUUAUUCCUAUGAUAGCAAUCAUCAUCAUUUCUAUCAUCUGUUACAGACGCAGGAGCCAACAAGCAGAACGAGAGUAUGAAAAGAUUAAAUCACAACUUGAAGGCUUGGAGGAGAGCGUGAGAGAUCGGUGCAAGAAGGAAUUCACAGACUUAAUGAUAGAGAUGGAGGAUCAGACAAAUGAUAUCAAUGAAGCUGGAAUUCCAGUACUGGACUACAAAACCUACACGGACAGAGUCUUCUUCUUGCCCUCCAAGGAUGGAGAGAAGGAUGUGAUGAUUACGGGGAAGCUGGAUAUUCCCGAGGCCAGGCGGCAGACUGUGGAGCAGGCUUUGAAUCAGUUCUCCAAUCUCCUCAAUAGCAAAUCUUUUCUCAUUAAUUUUAUUCACACGCUGGAAAACCAAAGGGAGUUCUCUGCUCGAGCUAAAGUGUAUUUUGCAUCUUUACUGACGGUUGCUUUACAUGGAAAACUAGAAUACUAUACUGACAUCAUGAGGACGCUGUUCUUAGAACUGAUGGAGCAGUAUGUUGUGGCCAAAAACCCAAAGCUAAUGCUAAGAAGAUCUGAAACGGUUGUUGAGAGAAUGUUGUCUAACUGGAUGUCUAUUUGUUUAUAUCAGUACCUCAAGGACAAUGCCGGGGAGCCUCUUUAUAAAUUGUUCAAGGCUAUCAAACACCAGGUAGAAAAAGGCCCAGUGGAUGCUGUACUAAAGAAAGCCAAGUAUACACUGAAUGACACAGGCUUACUGGGAGAUGACGUAGAGUAUACACAGUUGACAGUAAAUGUAUAUGUACAAGACGGAGGAACUGAUUCCAUACCUGUGAAAGUGCUGAACUGUGAUACUAUAUCACAAGUAAAGGAAAAGAUAAUAGACCAAGUCUAUCGAAAUCUGCCAUGUUCUCAGUGGCCAAAAGCUGAGAGUGUAGUUCUUGAGUGGCGUCCAGGUUCUACUGCACAGAUUCUCUCAGACUUGGAUUUAACAUCCCAAAGAGAUGGCAGAUGGAAACGUAUCAACACACUAAUGCAUUAUAAUGUCCGAGAUGGUGCCACGCUCAUUUUAUCAAAAAUGGGAAUUUCCCAGCAGCCAGAGGAUAAUCAGCAAGAUGUCCCAGGGGAAAGGCAUGCACUGCUGGAAGACGAAAAUAAGGUCUGGCAUCUAGUGAGGCCAGUAGAUGAAAUAGAUGAAGGUAAAUCAAAGCGGGGCAGCGUGAAGGAAAAGGAAAGGACCAAAGCUAUUACUGAAAUCUACCUGACCAGACUUCUUUCUGUGAAGGGGACACUUCAGCAGUUUGUAGAUAACUUCUUUCAUAGCGUGCUUAACUCGAACCAUGUGGUGCCACCAGCUGUGAAAUACUUCUUUGACUUUCUCGAUGAGCAAGCAGAAAAGCAUGACAUCAAGGAUGAAGACACCAUUCACAUCUGGAAAACAAACAGCCUGCCUCUUAGAUUCUGGGUAAACAUACUGAAAAAUCCCCAUUUCAUCUUUGAUGUUCAUGUUCACGAAGUAGUUGAUGCUUCCUUGUCAGUCAUUGCACAGACUUUCAUGGAUGCUUGCACAAGAACAGAGCACAAAUUAAGCAGAGAUUCUCCAAGUAAUAAAUUACUUUACGCUAAAGAAAUCUCGAACUAUAAGAAGAUGGUGAAAGAUUAUUACAAAGGCAUUCGUCAGAUGGUGCCAGUGAGUGACCAAGACAUGAAUACCCAUCUAGCAGAGAUUUCUAGGGCACAUACCGAUUCUUUAAAUACACUUGUGGCUCUACACCAACUCUACCAGUAUACUAACAAAUACUAUGAUGAGAUUAUAAAUGCACUUGAAGAGGAUCCAGCUGCACAGAAAAUGCAGCUUGCCUUCCGUUUACAGCAAAUAGCAGCUGCGUUAGAGAAUAAAGUGACUGACCUUUGACUCAAAAGCCGCAAUAAAGAAAUCUGAUCUGAAGAUGUUCAAAUUCAUUCUUCCUGUUAAGGAAAUAGUGUUCUAUUUUUUAAUGUAUAAUUACAACUUUAAAUGAAAGAUUUCAUGUUUUUUUGAUAGAAGACAUGUAAUGUAAAGAAUUUUUACUGUAAAUUAUGCUUCUAAUUAAAAGCUGUGUUGUGUGUAAAUGAAUCUUCUGUGGGACGGAGAGUCCUUUGGUUGGGGGCAGGGUGGGGAUGGAAGAAGGAAAACCUAUAGUUCGUUUAAUUUAGUAGAAUCUGAGACAUCAGCAUUUAGGAUUCAUUAUGCAAGUAAAUUCAAUACUAUAGCAUCCUUUCUAGGUUAAGCAAUAUUUGUACUAGGAAAACAAUAACAUUCUCAGAGACCCAUGCAAUAUCCCCUUUUAUUUUGAUAACUGGAAAUUGACUUCCAUAUAGGUCUAAAACUUUGUGCUCAUAAUGAACAUCGUGAACAUGUCGGAUUUCUCUGCAAGAUCUGAAAAUGGGAUUUGCUGCCACACACAGUUCUUUAAAUUAACUAUUUAUGUCUGUGGUGAUGCACAGUACUGCACCCACCACGGCUGGCUGUGACGGAAAUAAGAGUAAUGUCAGUGUAGGAGGGUUCUACUGAUAUAGCCUUGUGCAGUUCAGAAAUCACUGCAAAGAAGGAAUUAGUCCUUAAAACUUCACAACUCUUUGUUCUUAUUGUGAGUUUUAUGAUAUAUGCUAAUGUGCCUUACUUGUACUAAUUCUGUGAAUCUGAUGAAUGGUUUUGUAAAAAGAAGCAGAUCAGAAAAAGAAAUAUUUAUGUGCUAUUGAAUGACUUUUGUGUGAAAAACAUGACCAGCAGAGUGCUUGUAAUUAGCUGCUUGCCGAGAGUGUGCUGUUUAACAUGAUUCGAUUAUGUAUAAUAUCUUAUUUUAGAAUGGUUCUGAUGAUUUUUUUAUUUGAAUCUUGGAACUGUCCUAGAAAUACCAUCACUUGUUUUUAUUGUAUUUGUGAUGUAAAAUACUAGUAUGAUAUUGGAAAAAUCAUAUACCCGUCUAUUGAAAACCACUCAGUCAGUUUUGAGCCUUGGAAUGCUGCAUUUGAUUGAAUACACACCAUGACCCAUAGCAAAGAAAACUGAAAUAACUUGUCAGAAAGUGUGUGUUUACAAUAGAGGUAAGCUCCGUACAAAUCAAAAGGUUAGGUACGUCUUCUUAAAUUGCUGUAUUGCACAUCAGAGAACUUUAUUCCUCUUUGUCUCGCAAGUCUUUGGCAGUAACGUAGCAUUUUAAUGAAGCGCUGCCAUCUGUACUCCUUCGUUCACUGUCCCGCCAAGCGCCCGGACUCUGCUGAUUCUCAGCAAGCUGACGCAGUGUCUGCUGCCCGCUCUCCCUGCCCGGUAGGUUUUCACACAGUGGCUUUUACUGUUUGUUGAUAUAUCCCCCCCUCCUUUUUGACAAUUUCCUAGUAUUUGUCAGUGGGCCUUUCCUUCAGUUUCCAACAACCAAAAGCCUCACCAGAGCUGGUUUCCUGCCCAGUUGGCUGGGAGGGGUUUCUUGGUUUGUUUUGUACUCGACUUCUUGUAUUCGUGUAUAAUCAUUCCUGAACCUUGCUGGGCUGUAAGUUAUUUUACACUGUUUAGGACUGAGGUACAUGACUUCUGCAUAAAGGUGCUUUGCCAGCUACUCCUUCAUCAGCAAAGGCAUCCUAAUUUCAUGGCUAAUCUGUUUCUUUGUCAUUAUUUGUAAAUCCUGUUAAUUGUAAAUCAAAUACAAUGUUGUUUUUUUCCA